AUGGGCGAACCCGACCAAGACGGCUCCAGCAGCAGCGCCAACCACCCUACGACCGCCACCUCAGGCGGCACCAGUGCCAAGCCUACACCAGCGAACAAUGUCGGUGGCGGGUCUGGCUGGGGAGACAAGGGGUUCUCCAAGGGUGGCUCAGAUGCCGUUCCGCGCGAGGGACUGGGGCAUGUGGCCGCGGAGAACCCUCGAUCCAGUUUCGGAAACUUCCUCGGUCUCCAGGAGCAGAAGACCCGCGCCGAAAAUAAGUUCAUGGACAGGGCGGACUUGGCGGCUGCCGACGCUCCGCCGACGACGGAGUCCGGGGAGCCUACUUGUGCCGGCGAGGAUCAUACUUUCAUGCAGCGUAAACCCGGAUGCUCGAACACGUUGCCUGGGUGGGAGACGGCAAAGCAUGUAUUUGGGGCGUAA